GCGUGGGCAGCGGCGCGCUGAGCUGGGGCUCCGCUGGGAGCGCGGCAGUGGGGUCCACAUUGCGCGGCAGUUGAGUGCCAGGCGGCUUCGGCGGGCGGGCGAGGGCCCAGCAGAGGUCUAGGGUGAGAUCUGCUUCGCUUUGGCUCACUGAGUCCUGUAAAGAGGUCCACAUGCUUCAGCUCACCCAUCUGUUCAGCCAGCGCUCACUGAGCAUCUGUUCUGUGCCAGGCCUUUCGUGGCUGGGCUGAGGCAUGAGCCCCCGGCUGUGUGGCUGGGCCCCUUAGCGCGUCGCUGGACAGAGCGUGCGCCCACACAUGGUGUGGCCCUGCAGUGACCGGUGACCGGAGCAGCCCGGGCUGCUGCCACGAUGAAGUUGUUGGUGGCCAAAAUCCUGUGCAUGGUGGGUGUGUUCUUCUUCAUGCUGCUCGGCUCCCUGCUCCCUGUGAAGAUUAUCGAGGCAGAUUUUGAGAAGGCCCAUCGCUCAAAGAAGGUCCUCUCACUCUGCAACACCUUCGGAGGCGGGGUCUUCCUGGCCACGUGCUUCAAUGCUUUACUGCCGGCCGUGAGGGAGAAGCUGCAGAAGGUCCUGAGCCUCGGGCACAUCAGCACCGACUACCCACUGGCCGAGACCAUCGUGCUGCUGGGCUUCUUCAUGACCGUGUUCCUGGAGCAGCUGGUCCUGACGUUCCGCAAGGAGAGGCCGGCCUUCAUCGACCUGGAGACGUUCAACGCCAGCUCAGACGCGGGCAGCGACUCGGAGUACGAGAGCCCCUUCAUGGGCGGCCCGCGGGGCCACGCGCUCUACGGGGCGCCCCACGCACACAGCCACGGGCUGAGUGUCCAGGAGCUGACGCGCUCCAGCCCGCUGCGGCUCCUCAGCCUGGUCUUCGCUCUGUCAGCCCACUCCAUCUUCGAGGGCCUGGCCCUGGGCCUGCAGGAGGAGGGGGAGAAGGUGAUGAGCCUGUUUGUGGGCGUGGCCAUCCACGAGACGCUGGUGGCCGUGGCCCUGGGCAUCAGCAUGGCCCGCAGCUCCAUGACCCUGAAGGACGCAGCCAAGCUGGCGGUCACCGUGAGCGCCAUGAUCCCGCUGGGCAUCAGCCUCGGCCUGGGCAUCCAGAGUGCCCAGGGCGUGCCUGGCAGCGUGGCCUCCGUGCUGCUGCAGGGCCUGGCAGGCGGCACCUUCCUCUUCGUCACCUUCUUUGAGAUCCUGGCCAAGGAGCUGGAGGAGAAGAGCGACCGGCUUCUCAAGGUCCUCUUCCUGGUGCUGGGCUACGCUGUCCUGGCCGGCCUGGUCUUCCUCAAGUGGUGAAGGCCCCGCCUCCACCGGCCGGAGCCCCGCCCCGGCCCCGCCUCCCCAAGGGAGCGAGCUCCGCCCAGAGCCGCUGUCCACGCACAGAGGUGCUGCCCAGGACUGGGCUGCGCCCUGGAUCCUACACCCCGAGCCUGGGGGCCCCGCUACAACUUUUACAAUUACUCCUCUUAAAAGUACUUACCAAA